AACUGAAACUUUCCAGCCUGAGGCCCGGAAUCUUCUCACCCCUCUGCCCGGUCCUGUCCCUGCCCCCGGCUCGUCCGCUGUACACAGCUCCUCAUGCCGGCCACUGGCUCACCCCCCUGUAUUCCCUAUAGGAGGCAGGAGCAACAGGACCAUUUCAGAGAACAGCAGCGAGCGUUUCUUCUGAGCAGUCAGCCAGACCUCCCUGUGUACCACAACCACCAGCAGCACUCCACCUGGAACUGCUACCGCCAGCAUCCCAGGCACUACAACUCCCAGAAGCACCUGCCCCCUCCCGUCACACGUGCUCCCCCCUCUCCUGCCCGCCACGCCAAGUGGGGUCCAGACCUGUCUGCUUCCUUCCAGCGCCUCUCUGUGUCGCGCAGCUCGUUAGAAGACUCUCUCCUGCAGAGUUUCGGCACACUCCGCGAGGGCGAGUACCUGACGGCCAGCUACUUAGCCAAAUCCUUUCGGUUGGAGAAGAAAGUUAUCAAUCAGCAUCUGUACCACCUCGAGCGCAGUCGCCUGCUGUGUAAGGAAGAGGGCACUCCGCCCAAGUGGAGGUUAUCAAGACCCCAGACCCAGCGCACCAACCCAGAGACCCCCGAACCAACAGAGUCCGAAGACAUGGCAGAAACCAAGGAGAAGCUGUGCGAGUUCCUCUACCAGUCCCCAGGCUCCACGCCCGCCAUUAUCCGUAAGGGUCUGGGCAUCUCCAAGAUGAAUGAGAUCAACCAGCUCCUCAACACCCUGGAGAAGCAGGGCGACGUCUGCCGGCAGGGCAACACCUCCAAGUGGGCGCUGACCGACAAGAAGCGGGAGCGCAUGUUCAUCAAGAAGAGGGCGGCCGAGAUCCACGAGAACGAGCAGGCCGGCCUUACCGACCCAUACGUCCAGCCGCUCGCCAACUCCGAGAAUGGGCAGCAGGGGGCAGCCGCGGUGGUGCCGGCUGCAGGGAACGUGGACAGCCUCACCCCCGAAGUGAAGGAGGAAGAGGAGGAGUCUGACAUGACCAGCGAUGAGCCUCCCGCCAAGAGAAUGAAGGACAUGUCGCAAGCUGACUACGAGAACGGGCGCUGGGCCAUGGACGUGGUGUCGGACCGGGAUGACGGGCUGGGCAUGGACGUGCAGCAAGGCGCGGUGCAGAACUUCUAUGAGCCGGCCAAGGAGUGCUCCCGCCUGGACAAGCUGCUGGCGUGCCAGGCCAAGAACCCUGUGAGCGGCCUCCUGGAGUUCGCUCACUUCUUCUCACUGCAGUGCGACUUUGUGCUCCUGGAACAGAGCGGGCCCUCACACGACCCCAGGUUUAAGAUUCAGGUGGUGGUCGAUGGCCGCCGAUUCCCCGAGGCUGAAGCCACCAGCAAGAAGACUGCGAAGAAGGAGGCGGCAUCCCUGGCCCUGCGCAUCCUCCUACGUGAGGAACAAGGGGGCACCCAGGAGGAGGUACUUGCAGAGCAGACCCCUGUAGAGCCCACCCCCGAGGAGACGGAAAAGAGUGUGACCCCCUCGGCCCCGCUGAUCGGGGGCAAGAAUCCAAUCAGCGUCCUGAUGGAGCACAGCCAGAAAUCCGGGCACAUGUGCGAAUUCCAGCUGGUCAGCCAGGAGGGCCCCCCACACGACCCCAAAUUCACCUACAUGGUAAAGAUCGGCAGCCAGACCUUCCCCACCGUGGUGGCCAACAGCAAAAAGGUGGCCAAACAAAUGGCGGCGGAGGCGGCGGUGAAACAACUGCAGGAAGACAACCUGCUGAAUCCUGAGAAGCAGCAGCAGACGCCGCCUGAGUCGGUGACCGAAGUUGUGAACACCACGAUAAACACUGAUUUCCCCCCUAUCCCGGAGCUGUCGGAGGAGGACCUAAAGUUCGCGCAGCAUUCGGGCAUCGGGGACUAUAUCAAGUAUCUCAAUGCCAACCCUGUCAGUGGGCUCCUGGAAUAUUCCCGCGCCAAGGGGUUCGCCGCCGAGUUCAAGAUGGUGAACCAGACCGGGCCACCACACGAUCCGAAAUUCGUGUUCCAAGCCAAAGUUGGAGGCCGCUGGUUCCCCCCUGUCACCGCGUCCAAUAAGAAGCAAGCGAAGGCCGAGGCGGCCGAUGCUGCCCUGAGGGUCCUGAUCGGGGAGGCGGAGAAAGCGGUCCGAGAGGGAGAAAGCAUGACGGAGCUCCCGGUCAGCGGCAGCACCUUCCACGACCAGAUCGCCAUGCUCAGCCACCAGAAGUUCAACAGCCUGACGGCCCGGAUCCAGAGCAGCCUGCUGGGGAGGAAGAUCCUGGCGGCCAUCAUCAUGAAGCGGAACAGCGAGGACCUGGGCACGGUCGUUAGUAUUGGCACGGGUAACCGGUGUGUGAAGGGUGAGGAGCUGAGUCUGCACGGGGAGACGGUCAAUGACUGCCACGCUGAGAUCAUCUCACGCCGGGGCUUCAUCAGGUUCCUGUACGAUCAGCUGAUGAAAUACAACCCGGAGACCCCGGAGGAGAGUAUAUUCGAGGAGUCUGAGGGGGAGAUGCUGAGGAUCCGCCCGGGGGUCACCUUCCACCUCUACAUCAGUACCGCUCCCUGUGGUGAUGGGGCGCUCUUCGACAAGUCCUGCAGUGACCAGCCCUCCGCAGAAGGAGACAAGCAGCAUUACCCGCUCUUCGAGAACCCCAAGCAAGGAAAACUGCGAACCAAAGUGGAGAACGGGGAAGGGACCAUACCUGUUGAGUCCAGUGACAUUGUCCCCACAUGGGACGGGAUUCAGCACGGGGAGCGGCUCCGCACCAUGUCUUGCAGUGAUAAGAUCCUCCGCUGGAACGUGCUGGGGCUCCAGGGCGCCGUCCUGUCGCACUUUAUCGAGCCGGUGUACCUCAGCUCCGUCACCCUCGGAUACCUGUUCAGUAAGGGUCACCUGACACGGGCGAUCUGCUGCCGUAUGAACCGGGAUGGGGACGCCUUCCAGAAGCUGCUGCCUGAUCUCUACGUGGUCAAUCACCCUGAGGUGGGACGGGUCAGCGUGUAUGACUCUCACCGGCAGACCGGGAAGACAAAGGAGUCCAGUGUGAACUGGUGCCUGGCGGACGACGAGGUGGAGGUUCUGGAUGGAACUAAAGGCAAAACGGAAGGGGCCCGGGUGGAAGUUUCCCGCGUCUCGAAGCUCCACAUGUACGUCUUGUACCAGAACCUUUGCGCCCUGCGUGGCCGCAACGAUCUCCUGCAGUACACGACCUACAGCGACAUCAAAGCAGCGGCCGCCCCCUACCAGCAGGCCAAGGGACAGUUCUUUAAGGCUCUAGGGGAGAUGGGAUACGGGAACUGGAUCUGCAAACCCCAGGAGGAGAAGAGCUUCAACCUGGCCACAAAUUAACCACCAUCGUUGUUAUUAUUUUGUUUUUUGUUUAUUUUCCAGGCGCUGUUUUUGUUUUUGUAACGGAAUGUCACUAGGGUCUGCACUGACGGGGGGGGAGGGGGAAGGGAGGGGGAAGGGAGGGGGGGGGUGAUCCCAGCGCCAAUCUGCCACGCCCUCCUCAGAAACCUGGCUGUUCCCCCUUCAGACCCCGUCCGCCAUGAUUGUUCGUGUGUGGAAUGAAUUCCUUUCUUUGUUCAGUUUUGUUUUUAACUUAGUCUUUUGUCGUACACAAUAAAUUGGCGUGUUUUUUUAUUGCCACCAUGUUUGACGGCUGGUUGUAUGUCCUUAUUCCCUCCCGCCGGUGCCCCCUGUGGGCUGACAAUUUGAAGGGAAAUGAGAGAUUAGUGCAGGGAUAUGGGCAGUGUUGUCAGAAUUAUUGUAAAAAAUGUCCUUUUUAAAAAAAAUUAAUAAAAAUAAAUAAAAAUACUAAUUUGACUAAAAUUAGUUAAUAGGGGGACACAGCCUCCAGCAUGUGAGGGGUGACCACAAAGGUUUAGCCCAUAAACCAGUGUUUGCCGACUAGGGUGCCCCCAGUAUGUGGGAGGAGUAGUUUUGCUGGAGCUGCCAUAAAAAGUGUUAGUGAAGUUUAAAGUGCGUGCCUUAUCGUGUCCCAGCCGCCAUUUUGGUGGCCGUCCAGCGCAUAUGUCCGUACUAAUAACCACUGAACAGUUGACCCCCCCCACCAUCAUAGGUUCCGCUCUUUGUGGUGGCCAUCUUAGUUGUCCCUCCUUUCAGUGUAGUCGACGCCUUAGCUUUCCCUCUUUGGGUGCGGCGGCCAUGUUGGUUAUCCUCCUUGCCCUCGGUGGCCAUCUUAGUUGUGCCCGUUGGAUGCAAUGGCCGCCUCAGUUGUCCCUUGGGUGCAGUGGCUGCCUUAGCUGUUGUCUCUCCCCCCUCCCGGGUUGAGGCGGCCAUCUUAGUUUGCCAUCCUUGGGUGUGGCCGCAGUCUCACUUGUCCCUUAAGUGUGACGACCACUUUUUAUUUAUUUUUUUCCCUCUUGGGGUGUGGCUGCUGUCUCGGUUGACCCUUUUUGGGUGUGACGGGCGCUUUUUAGUUGUCUCCCCCCCCCCAUCUGAGUUGCAGGUGGCAUCUAUUUUACAUUGGGUGCGGUAGCCAUCUUGGCUAUCCUUGGUUGUCCCCCCCUUGCGCACGGCAAUAUUAGCUGUCCCCAUUGGGUGCAGUGGCCACCUGAACAGUUCCCCCUUGUGUGCGGCGGCCAACGUUGUUUUUUUGUGUCUUGCCUUCUUUGCGGCAGCCAUCUUGUCACCAUUUGCAUGUGGCAGCCAUCUUAGUCCCCUCCCCUCUUUGGUCCAGCUGGGUUUCUGUGAGGCUUGUGGCAGAGGUGGCGGCGCAGACCCCGUUUUCUUUUUAGUGUUUGCGAUCAGAUAUUUUUUUUUUUUUUUAUAUCUAGUUUUAGGUUUUUUGAGGUUGUGCGGUUUAGUCUUUUUGUUUGUUUUUUUCAGUGCAUGUCUGACUGCUGCCGCUUCCUGUAAAUGCAGACGUUCUCUGUUUUAGAUUUAGUCAGACAUCGGCCGCUGUAACAUUCGCCAGUUUGGUUAUUUGUUUUUAUUUUUAAUUAGUAACAUUCCAUACAAUAAAAUGAAUCUCCCCAAACUGGAUGGUGUCCGCCCCCACGUGUCACGAUCAUUUUCUAUCUCCCAUGUACAGAGCUCCGCCCUCCGCCGCCGCUUUGCGUGUUCUUCCCGUGUCGUAGACAUUGGAGUUGCAUGAACCUGGAGUUUUUUGUUUUAUUUUUUGUUUAAUUUUAUUUCUUAAGUUUUUUUUUAGUCGUUCCCGUAGGUCAGUUUUUCAGGCUUUCGAAAAGACCGCGGCUGGAGAACGCCAAAACCUGUGCUGUGUCCGAUCUUUGUAAGAGAUGUACCUGGUCUUGAAAAAAAAAAACAAUGGAGAUAUAUAUUGAUAUAUAAAUUAAGUGACACAAUAAAGAAUGUUAAAUCCGGUCGUA